GGGGGGCAGGGUUGGGAGCCCCGAACAGUGUGCUGUGUGCCGUGGACAGGGCCAUAAGUGGGCAUCCGGCAGCUGAGGGCUGCUCGGGGCUAAGGCCGUGGACAAGGGCGGCACUGUUAGCCGACCUCCACCAUCUUCAUUAUCCUCCCGGUUCCUUCCGCACCUGCCUGGCGCACGAGCAAUGCCAUGCACUUCUCCUGAUGCCUUGAAUGCCGCACCGCAUGCGCUCAAUGACAAAUUAUCCACAGUACAGUGUCUUGCGCUUCUCGAGUCAUCCAACACAUGCGGGCAGAGGACGGCGCGGCACGAGAGGUGUUCCUGAGGGGCGGCAGCGAGGGACUUAGCGCCGUCAGGGAGGGAGGGAGGAGGCCCGGGAGUCGAAUGGGUCCACAACAAAGUGCUGCUAAUUCAUAAAGAGAGUGUUAUGGUGCUGAGACUGCGCCCGGAGUAGCACUUCUCUGGCCUUCCAACGACUCGAGAGCUUGCACUGCCAUGAUCAGAGUACAGCUCUAAACGGUUUGUGAAUCAGUGCCUGCAGACUGCCUCCCGGCCCGGACAAAGGACAGGUGCAGGGCUGGAGCGGCCUGCGCGACGUUUUCAUGUCGCUGUGACUCUCAACAGUACAAGACGCUCAGGAGGCAUGGCGGUCGACACCUCCGGAUGCACGAGAACACUAUCAGUGGCAGUGGUGGUGGUGGCGGUCAUGUCAGUCACCUGUGUCGGCGCCACAUCUGUCCUGAUGCACCCCAAGUCCCACUCGGAGGAGCCAGCCCUGCACAGCGGCCUCCAUAAUAUCUCGUACGCGUCCCCCUCCUUCGCCGCGUACCAGGAUGAUGAAUAUACGGGCAGCGGCGGCUUCUUCCUCGACGAGUUUGAGGCGGUAACAAGGUCGGACACGCUGGAGUGCCCGAGUGCCAACGUGAUCACGACGCGCUACAAGUGCCAGGUGAGGGACAAGUGGGUGGACUGCUAUAGGAGGCACUGCUGCCAAGGCUACAACUUCGUGGCGGGAAGAUGCCUCCCUGACAGCGUGGACCCGUGCUCACAGAACUUCUGCGAGCAAAAAUGUUCCGUGUACUUCGGACGCGUGAUUUGCACCUGCUUCUCCGGGUACAGAUUCAGCCCGGAGAACCACAAACGAGGCAUUCAACCCGUGUGUCUCGACAUAGACGAGUGUGCGAGUCGAACUGGGAUCUGCGAGCACGAGUGUAACAACGAGCCGGGGUCCUUCAGGUGUUCUUGUCGCGCAGGUUACCGCCUGCGCGGUGACAACACCUCCUGUGAGCUGGAGAGUGAGGGCGGUGCCGUGCCUUCACCUGGGCACUGGGAUGACCCUCUGUCUCCUCAAUCCAUCCACCUGCCCGACGCCGCCCAAGCCCACGCCCGUGACCAAGAUGGCCACUGUUCUGCUUCCUGUUCGUCUAUGGGACAAAUGGCAGAGAAGAUACGAAGCCUUGAGGAGAAGAUUGUCGCCCUAAGCACCGCAGUGAGACUAUACAGCUUUGCCGCGGGUCUACCGGGUCCCGAAGGUCCUCCGGGGCCGCCAGGAGCCACAGGACCUCGAGGCUUUCCAGGUCCAGAAGGGUCCCCUGGCCCGCCAGGGGAAAGAGGGCCGCAAGGACCGCAGUGGACGGCGCCUCCGACGACGACGGCUCCGCCGCUGCCGGCCGACGAACCGCUCACGGACGAAGACUUCCCAUUCGACUCCUGGACGGUCAUCCACGGCCAGGGCCGCCGCAAGUUCUGCAGGUGCCGCCGGGGAGCUGUGGGACCACCAGGAGCCCACGGUAAGCCCGGGACGAGGGGGCUGCCAGGCCUCCCAGGGGUGCCAGGGGAAAAAGGAGAUCCAGGAUCCUUUGACUUCCUCAACCUUAUGAUCGCCGACGUCAGACAUGACAUCCAGAAACUGCAGGAGAAGGUCUUCAGUCCUGGUGAAAUGCCUGAGCCCUAUGACCUGGCUGCAGCGGUGGCACGUGGCGAGGCGUCACAGGCUGCGUGGGAAAGACAACACAAGUCGCAGUUUCAAGAAAUACUGGCAGAGGAGCAUGACAAUAGGAUAUAUGGCGCAGCUAGUCGCUUUCAGCCGCAGCAUUUUCUGUUAGACAACAUGGAAAGAGAAAGUCAACCCCAGGAGGCCUUGAGCAAUGCUGAGGUGAUGAGUGAGGCGUCUGGUAGAUCUCCAUCGAACCCUGGACCCCUGCCACCUCCAGCAUCACUGCAGGGGUCUUUAUCAGAACGUGUGUUGUCGGAAGGUCCGGAAAAAGACAACACAGCCGAGAUUCCUGACAGGUACUUCGACACACUCCACACGCAUGACGACUCUCUGCUGGAAGAAUACAUAUCACACUACGAUUACGGGCAAAUACCGGAAGCAAAUUACAUUGACACACCCAUUCCAUCGUCACAAAUUUUAGACUUUUCACCGUCUCAGACCAUCAACUCGGCUGGGCCUUCGGUUGCUGCAGCUCACCAUCUCCAAGAUCUUUCCCACCCGCCGCAUAAUGAUCUAAGAGGCUCGCCCGGUAGAAGGUCAUUGUCUGACGGCCAUGGGUCAUCUAAUAUAGAAAGAGAGAGGAAAAUUUAUAAUCAGUCCGAUUAUAAGUCUAUAGAUUUAUUUUCCUCACAAGGCUCUGAAGAUGCGACUGAGUCCAGAGGGAUACAGCCCACAACGGUGCUCAGGGUUGGUGGCUCUACUAACCCUUCCAACAUAGACCCCAGCCCUGCGAGAUCACUUGGCGACAACGAGAGAGUUGAUCAGACCUAUGAAAGGAGGCGAGUAACACCUCAACGUCAACAUCUGGAGGGAGACAAACUGCACCUUCCCGAGGAGCGACAAGGAUAUGCAAAUGCGGCUGGUGGGUAUCCAAUGGCAGGUGGUGGUUUAAGGUACUAUUCAAACCAAGGUGACAAAGAGGAAACAUCGGCGUGGGAAGACAGACAUAUUAGGGACGAGACACAGAGGGAUAGCAAUAGACAACAAGUGAGCUCUCGGGAGAGCAGUGUGACAAGCGAGACCCCUUCAUGGAUCGUCUCAGGGGAGAGUGCAGAGGGGAAAGAUGUGUCGGAAAUCAACAAAUCUCGCCGAAGAGAGACCGAGAAACUCAUAGAUAUACUGGAUGACCUCCUUCGGGAGGUGAACAUCACAGAACAACUCUCCCGGUCCCCCAGAAACCCCGAUGGCCCUCCAUCCCACAGUGGUGGCUCUCAACAACCAGAAAGUCUCCCAUUACACCUUAUUAGCGGCUCUCCUUCCAGAGACAGUACCGGAGAGGCUUUUGAGGCAAUAGUCUCGACAAACACCAGGAUCAGACGUUCUCAAGGACUCGAGAAGACCUACGAUCACUCGGGGAAGCCAACAGCCAACACCACCACACCCAAUGCCCCGGAAACAUCCAAGUUGGUUGAAAGAGAGGAAAGAGAAAAAGUAAGAGAGGAGUGAUCUCCUUGCCAGUAGCUGCAGUAAUUAAGAGUCGCCAGGGCUCAAAAAGUCCUUUUUCACACUACCUUUGCUUCUAGGAAAUACCAGUAACCGACCGUGUCUGGGUGUCUGUCCUCUCAUUGACGUCAUAGGAUUUAAUAGUAUUGUUACGGUUUUGAUAUAAUUACCAUUAUUAUAAAUGUCAUUUAAAAUUAUUAUUAAUUAUGACUAUCAUAAUGGACUUAAGACUUGUCACUCCAAUAUCUGCCACUAUUACCACCUGACAACUAUUCUCAUUAUAAUUAGUUAUUACUUGUUUUGAACAUUAUAUAUAUAACGACUGCUUCAUCACCUCUAAGUAAUAGUGCUUUUCAAAGUGUAAAUGGGAUCUUCGGGAACAACGUUAAAACCUAGAUUUGUGUAAAAAAAAAACUUCACCUGGCGGUGUUCGUCGUGUUCAGCGUCAACGGCUGUGCUUAAAAAAGAUGUUGACUGCUGUAAAUAAAAGUUAUAUAUCAGA